GGAGCUUUUCUUCAACUAAAGAGCCAAAGUGAAGCAGCGCGAUGCGAGGAGGCGAAGAAGAGAGGAGACACGCGGGCAUCAUGUUGUGAUUGACAGUUUUCCACCAUGGAGGAGACGUUCAGCAGACUCAUCUUGGUUCCGAUCGCGGCCGUUCUGUUCCUGAUGGUCGGGUACCAGUACGUGUGUCCGGCGGGCAGCAGCACCUGCUCCCCCACAGGAGACGACGAACUUCUCUUCUCCUCAGCGUACGACUUCGUCUCCACCGACCAGGACGAGGAGCUCCCCUCCAAAGUCACGUCCAAAUUCAACUUCACCGAGCGAGACUUGGACCGACGCGCCGACUUCAACAUACGAGGAGAGGACGUGAUGGUUUUCCUGCACAUCCAGAAAACAGGCGGCACCACCUUCGGGCGGCACCUGGUGAAGAACAUCCAGCUGGAGCAGCCGUGCGACUGCAUGCCGGGCCAGAGGAAGUGCACCUGCCACCGGCCGGGCAGAGCCGAGUCCUGGCUCUUCUCGCGCUUCUCCACCGGCUGGAGCUGCGGGCUGCACGCCGACUGGACCGAACUGACCAGCUGCGUCCCCGGAGUGAUGAACCGGAGGGACAAGAAGAACGGCCCGAAGAGCAAACGGAAUUUCUACUACAUCACCAUGCUCCGCGACCCCGUAUCACGCUACCUCAGCGAGUGGAAGCACGUGCAGCGUGGUGCCACUUGGAAAACCGCUCUUCAUAUGUGCGAUGGCCGUCCGCCCACUCAGGAUGAGCUCCCUGCCUGUUACAGCGGUGAAGACUGGACAGGCGUGUCCCUGGCGGACUUUAUGAAUUGCCCUUCCAACCUCGCUAACAACCGCCAGGUUCGCAUGCUGGCUGACCUCAGCCUGGUUGGUUGUUACAACAUGUCCUUCAUGAGUGAGCUGGAGCGCGGCCACGUGCUGCUAGCCAGCGCAAAGGCUAACUUGCGCAACAUGGCGUUCUACGGCCUGACUGAGUUCCAGCGCAAGACGCAGUACCUGUUCGAGCGGACGUUCAGCCUGCACUUCAUCAGGGCCUUCACGCAAAUAAACAGCACACGUGCCGCCAGCGUGGGAAUCAGUGAGAAUGUGCGACGGCGCAUCGAGGGCCUGAACGCCCUUGACAUGCAGCUGUACGAGUACGCUAAGGAGCUUUUCCUGCGGCGCUACCAGUACACCAGGCAGAAACAGCACCAGGAGGAGCGGCUGAGGAGGCGACAGAAGAGGCAGCAGAGGCAGCGGCUGCACAGGACCUACCUGGCUGACCUGUGGAGACUAGGAGGAGGGAUGGAGGAGGAGGAAAAGGACGGGAAGAGGCCGGAGGUGGUCGCCACCACGGAGGACUACAGCAGCCAGGUCGUGCGGUGGUGAGAGCUGCGGAGCUAAAAACACCGACGUACUGACUGCUUGCUGUUUGAUUUGUCGCGCUUUCCUCCCCUCCCUCCUCUGCUGCCUCUGCUGUGCUGUGAAUCUGCCAAAACCUGCGACUCCGCCCCCUUAGCGCUUUGAUGGGCAGCCGAACGGCGCCUUAAAUGUAAUGAUGGAUGUGUUUGUCAUGGGAACGUUAACAUUUCACAUUUGUUAACUUUCUUGUUGCAUUUUUUGGAACUGCAGUUGUGAAAAUG